CAGAUUCCUACUCAUAUGAACGUCCUUAUCAAAUAUAGGACACAUCCUUUUUGGUUACAAAAAUACUGUCCAUCACAUGAGGUGGAUGGUACUCCAAGAUGCUGUAGUUGUGAAAGAAUGGAGCCAAGGGAAUCAAGAUAUGUAUUGCUUGAUGAUGGUCGUAAACUCUGCCUGGAGUGCCUUGACUCUGCAGUGAUGGAUACAAAUGAGUGCCAGCCUCUUUAUCUCGAAAUACAGGAAUUUUAUGAAGGUCUCAAUAUGAAAGUGGAACAACAAGUUCCUCUGCUUCUUGUAGAAAGACAGGCUUUAAAUGAAGCAAUGGAAGGAGAGAAAACUGGACACCACCACCUUCCUGAAACAAGAGGUUUGUGCUUAUCGGAAGAACAGACUGUCAGCACGAUAUUGAGGAGACCAAGAAUGACAGGAAACAAAAUUAUGGAAAUGAUAACAGAGCCGUAUAGGUUGACACGGCGAUGUGAAGUGACUGCAAUUCUCAUUCUAUAUGGUCUCCCAAGAUUGUUGACAGGUUCAAUUUUAGCUCAUGAGAUGAUGCAUGCGUGGUUGCAACUUAAAGGAUACCGCACGCUCACUCCAGAUAUAGAAGAGGGCAUAUGCCAAGUCCUCGCCCACCUGUGGAUCGAGUCGGAGAUCAUGGCUGGAUCAGGCAGCAACACCGCGUCGACAUCCUCAUCCUCUUCGUCAUCCACAUCGUCGAAGAAGGGCGGGAGGUCUCAGUUCGAGCGGAAGCUCGGUGACUUCUUCAAGCACCAGACCGAGUCGGACACCUCCGUUGCCUACGGGGAUGGUUUCAGGGCUGGGAACCGAGUUGUUCAGCAGUACGGCUUGAAGCGCACCCUCGAGCACAUCCGGCUGACAAGGACCUUGCCGUUUUGAGAAUGUCAGAGAUGCAACUUUCUGCGGAAGUUAUAUACCGAUUUGUCAUCGAGAGUCCGUUUACAGGAAAAAAAGAGAAGGAAAUGAAUUUUGAAAUGCACAAAUUGUACAAACGUUUGGUUGAUAUUUUUUCUUGGAAGGGCUGAGCACAGAAUAUUAUUAGAGAUGCAUUGAGGUGGCUUGCCCUGACCAAUCUGUUGUACUGAGGGAGAUAAAAAAUGGAAAUGGAAACAGUGGUAUUUCUUAUGUGACCAUAAA